UUAAAUCGAAUCCAGACAGAAUCCCAUCAAUACAAGCUAACUUAACUUAUCUUCCCUUCUUUCUUUCUUUGUCCGCUAAUUAUAUUUCAAGAAAGAGAAACUGAACUCAUCUGACAAAAAACUAAUAAGAUCAGAACAUACCCUUUUGGGUGAAAUUAUUUUUGUUCUGAUAAUAAAUAAAGAGGCUUAAUAUGGUGGGAAUUUUUUCUAGAUUUUCUGUUAGUAGAAGUGGGCAUCGUCGUGCUCAAAGUGCACUUGAUGAAACAGAAGUGUUGCCCCCAAAUACAGAGACAACCGGUGCUGCUACUAUAGCUGGAGCUCCCUCUAUCACCCCUCAUGGCAUUGAAAUUGCAGUUGAGUUCAAACCAGUUGAACACCCAACUGAGCCGCUACACAACGAUCGACCAAUUCAAUGUCCAAUACCAGAACCCUCAAUACUGAAUGAUGGGAGAAUAUGGAAGGAGCGAGUGUCUGCAGUGCGAAGAAGGGCUGAUAUUCCAGUUAUGCAGGAAGGAACAACUGCAGCGCCUGAGGCAGCUGGAACAAGGCCUAGACCACCUGUGAAUCGGGUUAUUCUUCCAUCAAUAAGUGCACCUGAACACAGUAUCCUCAAACUACUGGAGGAAUCUGGAAUUUAGCUGAUGCAUUGCUGAACCUGUCGCAGAGUACCUUUGUUAUACCAGAUAAACCUGAUAUUUCAUACUUUACUUCUUUCCAGGUUUCUUUUCUUGCUUUCAAAUGAAAUGUUUGUACUUCUAUUUUUAUAGGAAACUUCACACAUGUGAAUGUAAAUAUUUCUUUUCAUACUUGAUUGAAAUAUAGUUUCCAAUUGCUUA